AAACAGCGCUGAGAACAGUAUUCGCCAAAAGCUGAAUUCUUUUACAGCUUAACUCUUUCGUGCUUCUUCGAUGUUGAGAAAAAUCCUUAUAUCUUCUCUCGUCUUGGCAUCUGCCUUCGGUUCCCGUUCAACCGCCAUGAACGCUGUCCAAGAUGCCCAAGAUCAACUCACCAAGCUCAUCCGUUGCUGGGAGCCCAUUGACUCCGACGACCUUUCCAAAGGUCAUACAAUGAGUGACCCCGUGUACCAACUAUGUAGCUACAUGCCAUCCCCAAAAGAUUACAACAAGUUCCACGUGAAUGGAGUUCAAAUGGACAGCGACGACUACACCACUAUUUUGACAAUGUUUGCCAACCAACUUCCAGGAUACGCUGUUUUAAAUGUCUGUCUACAAGAGGCCUUCCAGUUCCACAAAGCCAACCACCCAUCCCAAGUCAGCCUGAGAUGUUUGUGUCAAAGAGACGGUUGCAACCUGCCGAAAACGUUGACGGAUUUUCUUGACUUCAACAAGGGCCCAAUCCCAGCUGUUAACUUCUAAUUUGUGCUCCAAUCCUCCUACUCCUUGUUGUUCGAAACCGUGCCCUCACUCGUGCUUCCAGAAUGUUCCAAACAUCUUCACUCUCUCAAUUCUCCUGUACUGUCGUUCAAAGAAUGCCCUUUUUCCUUUAAUUUAUUUAUAAUUUUCACAAGAAUUGUUGCAGUAAGGCUACAAACAAUCAGAAUAAAAAUGUGAACUGUU